AUGCAACGCAGCUGGCGCCAAGACGCAGAUAAAUUAACCUUCAUCAGCUGCCGUCCUGUAUCACAAUCAAGAAUCAACGCAACAGACAUCCACCUCGUACCAGAAGAUGAAGCAGCACAAAAUAUGGUCGGCGACAUUAAUCUCUUCCUCCGUGUGGAUGACGGGGACGAAGGUGACGCACCUCCGCAAUUGAUCGGAGAAAUUGAGCUUAUGAUUGCCGAGAAAGCGAACCAAGGACACGGCUUCGGAAAGGCUUCUUUGUUAGUCUUUUUGCGGUAUGUUGUUGAGCAAGAGGCGAGGAUCUUGGAUGAGUUUGUGGGGAGCCUUGAAGCUGGAGAGAAGGAGAAGCUUGUACAGGGUCAGGAGUUGAAGUUCCAUUGUUUGAGUGUGAAGAUUGGAAAGGAUAAUUCGAGGAGUUUGGCCUUGUUUGAGUCUUUGGGCUUUGUGAAGGUAUCCGUUGAGCCUAAUUUCUUUGGAGAAUUUGAGUUGAGGAGGGCGGAUUUGGGCGUGCAGGGCGUUUCGGAUAGUCUUGCUGCUGCUGGGGUUGAGCGGUAUGUUGAAUUAGCUUAUGAGCGGAAGGAGUAG